UGGAUUUUACACAGAGAUUCAAUUAUUAGCAAAUUAUUUAAUUUAUUCUGUUUCAUUAAAUUUAAUUAAAAGUUAAAUUAUAAUAUACUUCAAGAUGAUACAAGACGAAGGUGAAUGUAAACUUUAUUUAGAGAAGGAACUCCUGUCGCCUCACAACUAUAUGCUACAAAUGCCUUCCAAAGAUAUACGUGUAAGAUUUGCCAUGUCUUUCAACCACUGGAUGGGCUUGCCAAAGGAAAAAGCACAAUUCAUUGUUGAGUCUAUUCAGAUGUUACAUACUGGCUCAUUGCUGAUGGAUGACAUCCAGGACAACACUUUAGUUCGCCGAACUAUCCCGUCAGCACACCUGGUCUAUGGAGUCCCACUUACAUCCAAUGCGUCAAUACACGUCAUGACACUGUGCCUGGAAAGACUGCUAACUCUUGGACAUCCAAUGAUCGGACAGUUGUAUUGUGAAAAUUAUUUGGAAAUUAUUCGUGGGCAAGGAAAAGAAAUAUAUUGGAGAGAACGAUUCCAAUGUCCAAGUGAAAAUCAGUACAAAUAUACGUUAAUGCAAAAGACUGGCAACAUGUUCAAUCUUGCCUAUAAGGUGAUGCAGUUAUUUAGCGACAAUGAUAAGGAUUACACGAAACUCGUCAAACAUUUGGGAUUAUAUUUUCAGCUAUGUGAUGAUUACUGGAACUUAGUGAACAUGGAGGCGUUAGAGGAAUUGCCCGGUGCAGAUACACACAAUACAAGUGUUAAAAAUAAUGCAAUGAAUGUGCAUAAAACAAACGGUGCGACGUUAGAAAAAUUGCAUGAUGCAAAUAAAAAUAAUAUAAGUAUUAAAAAUACAAUAGACGGGGCGAGUAGAAACGGUGCGAAAGUGGAUCCUCGAUAUUUCUGUGAGGAUCUGACAGAGGGCAAAUUCACUCUGCCAAUUAUUCACGCUGCUCAACAGGAAGGCGGGGAGGUUGUUCUGAAUAUUCUCCAGCAACAUACCAGGGAUCCAGAACUGAAGAAGUACUGCGUGUCACUGCUAGAGAAACUUGGUAGCAUUAAAUACACCAGAGACAAAAUUAUUGAACUUGAAAAUUGGAUACGAGAUCAGAUUAAGAAUUUCGGUGGUAAUCCAGAUCUAUCAUCACUUUUAGACGAAAUGACUCUAAACCUGUAAUCUACUGUGUAAUGGCUUAGGAUAUAAGGGCUCGUCUAUACAACAUAACGCUACAAUACGAACUAAAUGAACACACGCCUAGAGUAACUUUACCGUAAUUAAAAAAAAAAAUUGACGACCCAUAUAGCCGAAUGGUUAUUAACCCUGACUACUAAGCUAGAGGUCCCGGGUUCGAAUCCUGGUAGGUGCAAUCAUUUAUAUGACUAAUAUGGAUGUUUGUUUCCGAGUCAUGGAUGUUUCUAUCUUUUUAUAUAUGUUUAAGUGUAUUAAAUAUAUCGUUUUCUUGUAGACCCAUAGUACAGGCUAUGCCUAGCUUGGGGCAAGAUAAUUUGUGUAAAAGUGUGUCAAUAUUAUUAUUAUUUCUCAAAGUUAAAGUAAAUAAUUGUAAUUUUGAAAAUUGCAAACAAAUAUAUUAUACAUUUAAAAAACAAUAUUUUAAUCACCCUUACGUGAGCGACCUACCUACGACAUCUGACAGCUACGGCGCGGCGUGGAUGAAGUAGGUUUCAGUGCCUACGCUAGCUCGCGGCUACUAGAUUACUUACAGGGUGUUCCGAUAUGAUGUUAUGGAAAAUUGAUUUAUGUGAAUUAUAUUUUUUUUAAGGUUAAGUUUUAGUAGCUUUAGCCCUGUGUACAUUUAAUUUCGUUGUUGUAAUGCCACGCUGUAUAUAAAAUAUCUCUUAUUAACUCGCCCUCACUGAACCUACCUACACAUACAUUAUUUCUGUACCGUUCGUUAGCUUUCUUUAGCCGUCGUACAUAUAACAGAUUUGAAUAUAAUACAGAUAUGAUAUUUUUUGAAAUUAUUGAACUUGUACACAAAAUAAUAUUAUUCGGAAUAUCUUAAACAUAUUUUGAUAUAUUCCGUGUUUACAUUCUGUUGUUAAUAAUUCUAUUCUGAUAAAUUGAAUACGAAAAUACAAUUGGUUAUCAAGCAACGUGCAAGUAUGUGGUUAACUUAAUUAUACUAUUUAAGUUUUUUAGUGAUAAAGUGUGUUGAAUAUCUCAUGUUUAAAUAAAAUUAUUAAGCCAUUCUGCUUGAAUAUAAGUAUAAGGCUAAAUGUUGAUAUUAUUUAAGUUUUAUAAUGAUUUUGUGUGGUAAAUCUCAUUUUU